AUGGACAGAAACAGUACGCCGUGGAGCCCCGGCUCUCACCCUCCACCCAUCCACCUGGCCCCGGUGGUGGGGUCAGUAGCGCCCACCAUCUUCCCCCGGGUGGGCUACAGCGUCCUGUCCUUCCUCAUGUUCAUGAACACGGUACUGACGGUGUUCAACAACGGCCUGGUGAUCGCUGUGAUGAUGAGGAACCCGUCCCUGCUGCAGCCUAUGAAUGUGUUCAUCCUCAGUCUGGCGGUGUCUGACCUCAUGAUCGGCCUGUGUGGAUCCCUCGUGGUCACCAUCACCAACUACCAGGGCUCCUUCUUCAUCGGGCACGCGGCCUGCGUUUUUCAGGGCUUUGCUGUCAAUUACUUUGGUUUGGUGUCUCUCUGGACUCUGACCCUGCUGGCAUACGAGCGUUACAACGUGGUGUGUAAGCCCAGAGCCGGCCUGAAGUUGAGCAUGCGGAGAAGCAUCAUCGGGCUGCUGUUCGUCUGGAUCUUCUGCCUGUUCUGGGCCGUGGCCCCUCUGUUCGGCUGGAGCUCCUACGGACCAGAGGGAGUGCAGACCUCCUGCUCUCUGGCCUGGGAAGAGAGAUCAUGGAGCAACUACAGCUAUCUCAUCCUCUACACACUCCUCUGCUUCAUCCUCCCUGUCGCAGUCAUCAUCUGCUGCUACUCCAAAGUGCUCAAAUCCAUGAACAGGCUGAACAGGAGUGUGGAGCUGCAGGGUGGGCGAUCCAGCCAGAAAGAGAACGAGCACGCCAUCAGCAUGGUCCUGGCCAUGGUCAUUGCUUUUUUUGUGUGCUGGCUGCCUUACACAGCACUGUCUGUGGUGGUAGUCCUGGAUCCAGAGCUCUACAUCCCACCUAUCGUUGCUACAAUGCCCAUGUACUUUGCCAAGACCAGUCCAGUCUAUAACCCCAUCAUCUACUUUCUCUCCAACAAGCAGUUCCGCGAUGCUGCCCUUGAAGUGUUGUCCUGCGGUCGCUAUAUUCCCCACGCACCCACCACCACAAUCAGCAUCAACAUGCGGCCCCUGAACAGGAGAAGCCGUCUGACUUCUUUAAGCAGGAGUGUCAACAUGCACAGCAAGGUGCUGCCUCUGUGACAAAACAAGCAAAAAAACAAGGAGAUACCAUGCUCGGCUGUCUGCGCCUCGUCAAGGACUCAGACCUGCGCGUGUCCAGGUCUCUCACAGAGAUCUGCAUGAAGCCCAGUGAGAACACCAUGGGCUCAGACAGUGAAUGCUGAUAUCCUGGAGGUGGGCAAAAUAAGUGGAAAGAGCCUUUGAUUCUCUGA